ACCAACUCAGGAAAACCAAGGCUUUCCAAGGAUUUCCUCUCUCCCCUGCCUAGCUGCAAGCCCUCGUAUUCUUUCCCUCCCAUCUUCUCCACAGCAUUUUACGACUCUGCAAUUCAUCAACAUGGAAACCGUUGCGAACGUCAACGCCGCCGCCGAUACCUUCUGCCUGGGCGGCAGAGGAGCUGCCGCUGACCCGCUCAGCUGGGGCGUAGCGGCCGAAUCACUCAAGGGCAGCCACCUGGACGAGGUGAAGCGCAUGGUGGAGGAGUUCCGGAAGCCGGUGGUCCGCCUCGGUGGCGAGACCCUCACCAUCUCACAGGUGGCGGCCAUCGCCGCCCACGACCAAGGUGUUAAGGUGGAGCUCUCGGAGUCGGCCAGGGCCGGCGUUACGGCUAGCAGUGACUGGGUCAUGGAUAGCAUGAACAGGGGCACCGAUAGUUACGGUGUCACCACCGGCUUCGGUGCUACCUCCCACAGACGAACCAAACAAGGCGCUGCUCUGCAGAAAGAGCUUAUCAGAUUUUUGAACGCUGGGAUAUUUGGCAACGGCACAGAGUCAUGCCACACUUUACCCCACUCAGCGACCAGAGCAGCCAUGCUGGUGAGGAUCAACACCCUCCUUCAAGGAUACUCCGGCAUUAGAUUUGAGAUCUUGGAAGCCAUCACCAAGCUCCUCAAUCACAACAUCACACCGUGCUUGCCCCUUCGCGGUACAAUCACUGCCUCUGGUGAUCUCGUCCCUCUUUCUUACAUUGCCGGUCUGCUCACCGGCCGACCCAACUCCAAAGCUGUCGGACCCUCCGGUGAAAUCCUUGCUCCCAAGGAAGCUUUCCAGUUGGCCGGCAUUGAAUCUGACUUCUUCGAAUUACAGCCCAAGGAAGGCCUUGCUCUCGUCAACGGCACUGCCGUCGGUUCCGGCUUAGCCUCCAUGGUGCUCUUCGAGGCCAACAUUUUGGCCGUGUUGUCUGAAGUUCUAUCGGCUAUUUUUGCUGAAGUGAUGCAAGGGAAGCCUGAAUUUACAGACCAUUUGACACACAAAUUGAAGCACCACCCUGGUCAGAUUGAGGCUGCUGCUAUAAUGGAACACAUUCUGAAUGGAAGCUCCUACAUUAAAGCAGCUCAGAAGUUGCACGAGAUUGAUCCCCUUCAGAAGCCUAAACAGGAUCGUUACGCGCUUCGAACUUCACCCCAGUGGCUCGGUCCUCUGGUUGAAGUAAUCAGAUUCUCCACCAAAUCCAUUGAGAGGGAGAUCAACUCUGUGAACGACAACCCUCUGAUUGACGUUUCAAGGAACAAGGCUCUGCACGGCGGUAAUUUCCAGGGAACCCCGAUCGGAGUCUCCAUGGACAAUACUCGGUUGGCUCUCGCAUCUAUUGGGAAACUCAUGUUUGCUCAAUUUUCUGAGCUAGUCAAUGAUUUUUAUAACAAUGGCCUGCCUUCAAAUCUUUCUGCCGGUAGAAACCCCAGCUUGGACUAUGGUUUCAAGGGUGCUGAAAUCGCCAUGGCGUCUUACUGCUCUGAGCUUCAGUAUCUUGCAAACCCAGUGACAAGCCACGUCCAAAGUGCUGAGCAACACAAUCAGGAUGUGAACUCGCUGGGUUUGAUUUCAUCCAGAAAAACCAAUGAAGCAAUUGAGAUCCUGAAGCUCAUGUCCGCGACAUACCUCAUUGCACUGUGUCAAGCAAUUGACCUGAGGCAUUUGGAGGAGAAUUUGAAGAGCACGGUGAGGAGUACCGUGAGUCAGGUGGCAAAGAGAACUCUUACCACAGGGGUUAGCGGAGAACUCCAUCCUUCAAGAUUCUGUGAGAAAGAUUUGCUGAAAGUGGUGGAUCGGGAGCACGUAUUUGCUUACAUUGACGAACCCACCAGUGCUACCUACCCGCUGAUGCAGAAACUGAGGCAAGUUCUGGUGGAUCACGCGCUGGCAAAUGGGGAAAAUGAGAAGAACUCGAGCACGUCAGUCUUCCAAAAGAUUGCAACAUUUGAGGAGGAGUUGAAGGCUGUGCUGCCAAAGGAGGUUGAAAGUGCGAGAAUUGCAUACGAGAACGGCAACUCAUCAGUUUCAAACAAGAUCAAGGAAUGCAGGUCCUACCCAUUGUACAAGUUCGUGAGAGAGGAUUUAGGAACUGGGCUGGUUACUGGAGAGAAGACGGGGUCACCAGGUGAAGAGUGUGACAAAGUCUUCACGGCUUUGUGCCAGGGCAAGAUCAUCGAUCCUCUUCUGGAAUGCCUUGGGCAGUGGAAUGGAGCUCCUCUUCCUAUCUGUUAGUUUCAGUGUUGGAAUUACUACUCCUGGCAAUGCUUUUCUUUUGUUAUAUAGUCUUUGCAUGUGAAGCAGUCAUAGAAAUUGUCUCAUGGAACUUGUAAUUGAAUGCUGCAUUAUAAAAAAUAUUCAAGUUCCAUUGUUGCCCAUCGUCUGUGUGGCAGCGAGAUACAGGCUUUUGUUAUAAAAAAUGUUAUUUUGUGAUGUAA